AUGUUCGGCGCGGCUCUUGGGGCAUUAAGCCUCUUGUUGCUCGCCAGCGUGGUCACUGCGCAGGGAAAUAGACAAUCAGCGAGCCCAGGCUACGCCGGUAGAGACGCAUGCCCGAUUCGUUGCAGUACCUCAGGGCCUAAUCCAUAUAACUGGUCUGUCUACCACAACCUCGACCAGCUCCAGUCCUGCCAGGAGACCCAAUUUUACAAUUUCAACUUGCAUGACGAGGUCGAUGACGCACAUACCUUCCAUCGCAUCUAUGCCUGUACGUCUUAUGGGCCCGACUGGGCCAACCUGCCAAAAUCGACGGCGGAUGUUGCUGAAGUGCAGUCUGUCAGCGAUGAUGCUCCUUAUGAAAUAGGGUGGUGGUCCGAAGGUGGAAGGCUUGCUUCCUCUGGUAUCUAUUCAUUGUCUAUGCAGUUGCGCCACUACCUGACCAACGGAUACGGGUCUACAAACAAAACAGUGCUGCUGUUUGGCUAUUCGGGUCAAGCCGCCAUCGGCCUCUAUAUUGGCAAAGGCUUGCAAAACGAAGGAGUUAGCUCGUUUGCUCUUAAGGCUUUAGAAGACAGUGUAUUACAGCAGGAGAUUAAGACGUCGAGCAUGGCCAUGCAACUAUGCCAGCCAGGUUAUGAUGCUGAUCACAUCUUUGGUUUCAUGGCCACCAGCAACGGUUCUUUCACCCCUGUACAAAAUGCACUCAAGACUUGGGCCAAAGCGGACUGUCUCUCCUUCACUGAGUCCAAGAACAUCACCGGUCCAGCCCACUUCACCAUCCCCUUAGUUCCUACAACAAACUCAACUGUGCGCGGUAGUAACGCCACCGUAUCCGCCAAAAGCGCGCGCCUAUCGGCCCGAGCAGACUGCAGGACGAUCCAAGUCCAAGCGGGCGAUAGUUGCGGCUCCUUGGCCAAGAAAUGCGGGAUCGCUGACGUCGAUAUAAUCAAAUAUAACUCCGCCACCAACUUCUGUUCGACUCUCAAGCCACUUCAGCAUAUUUGUUGCUCGUCUGGGACCCUCCCUGACUUCACCCCCAAGCCUAACCCAGAUGGAUCAUGUUACGCACAUACAUUUGUGGCCGGCGACAGUUGCUCAAGCGUUGCAGCUGCCAACGGCCUUACAAAUGACGACCUGGAAAAAUUCAACAAGAACACUUGGGCUUGGAAUGGAUGCUCUAACGUUUGGGCCGGUACCAUUGCAUGUAUAAGCACGGGAAGGCCACCCUUUCCAGCUCCUAUGGCCAAUGCCGUAUGCGGUCCGCAGGUGCCAGGAACCUUGGCGCCGACGGACGAUAGUGACAUCGCCGGCCUCAACCCUUGCCCGCUAAAUGCGUGCUGUAAUGUCUGGGGACAGUGUGGCAUCACCAAGGAGUUUUGCGUCAAUACUGGCACUGGUGCACCCGGAACUGCCAAACCCGGUACUAAUGGCUGUAUUUCAAACUGUGGCGUCUCGAUCAUCCGCGGUAACGCGCCUGAGACCUUUAUAAAACUCGGCUAUUUCGAGGGUUAUAGCUUCUCUAGUCGUGACUGUCUCUACCAGGAGGCUCUCCAGAUCGACGCCUCACAAUACACACACUUGCACUUUGCGUUUGGCUCAAUUACGCCUGACUACGAGAUCAACGUUGGUGAUACCAUGACCUCCUACGAGUUUAAUAACUUUAAACUUAUCCGAGGCCCAAAAAGGAUCUUGUCAUUUGGCGGUUGGGAUUUCUCCAAUAGCCCAGAAACUUAUACUAUCCUCCGUCAGGGUGUCACACGCGCCAACAGGCUUAAGUUGGCUACUAACAUUGCUAACUUCAUAAAAGAGCAUGACCUUGAUGGAGUUGAUAUUGACUGGGAGUAUCCAUCAGCCCCCGACAUCCCGGGUAUUCCCCCUGGCUCCAAGGACGAGGGUGCAAACUAUCUAGCCUUCCUUGUCGUCCUAAAAAACUUGCUACAGGGCAAAUCAGUUUCAAUUGCGGCUCCUGCCUCGUACUGGUAUUUAAAGGGUUUCCCCAUCAACCAAAUCGGAAAAAUUGUGGAUUACAUCGUUUACAUGACUUACGACUUGCACGGCCAAUGGGACGCACAGAGCACGUUCGCACAGCCUGGUUGCCCGUCAGGAAUGUGUCUCCGCAGCCACGUCAACCUGACUGAGACGAUUAGCGCUCUGUCUAUGAUUACAAAGGCGGGUGUUCCAUCAAACAAAGUCGUAGUGGGCGUUACUAGCUACGGGCGAUCAUUUGCAAUGGCUGAAGCCGGCUGCCACACCCCGGAGUGCCUGUACACCGGAGGCCCACAGUCCUCAAAUGCUGCAAAAGGCGUAUGCACUCGCACCGCUGGGUAUAUCGCUAACGCAGAGAUUGACGAGAUCCUCAAGGACCCCGGCCGAAUCAACGAGCACUACGUUGAUGGAGCUAGUAAUAGCAAUAUUCUCGUGUAUGAUAAUACCCAAUGGGUUGGUUACAUGAGUGCCGAAAUUAGAGAAUCGCGGACGGCUAUAUACAAGUCGUUCAACAUGGGCGGCACCACCAAUUGGGCCAUCGACUUAGAAUCGUAUAACGACCCCCCUGCCGACUUGGGGAGUUGGGAUAACUUCCUACAGAAACUCAGGCUUGGAGAGGACCCAUACAGAUCCGACAAUCGGGCUGGGAACUGGACUGAGCUGACUUGCAGUGAUCCGGGCGCCGUGGAUCGCCGUUACCUAACUCCAUCACAGCGAUGGGGAAUGCUGGAUUGUCCUCACGCUUGGCAGGACGCGAUCGACAUAUGGAAGAUGUACGACAGACCCCGGGCGAGAGAUGAUACUGCGUUCCUGAGGUCUAUUUCAGACACAUUCAAUGGGCCGGAAAAGGCAGACUGCGGCGUAUUAGGCGGUACGAACUGUAAGACUUCCCUAGUGUGCGACGCGUUCCGUGGGAAAGGAACAGGCGCAGCGGCCUUCUUAAUAUGGAAUUCUUUGGUGGAGGUUCACAAUGUAGGUUUCCAUCGGGUGUCGCCCCCAUAUAUAUCAGCAAUCCAGCUAACAGACGCAAAAUCACCAAUGCAGAUGUACAGCGAGAUCGAUACUGCCCUGCAAAGAGCUACAAACAUUUUAGUAAACCCCGCGCUCGAUGACUUUGAGAACAAGUUCGCACCGGUACCGCCGCCUCCCGACAAUAAGUGGUUGCUUGUCCUGAUAGAUCUAAUCACUCUCGGGACUGCUGGAAUUGGCGGUUUCAUUUUCAAUUCUCCGAAGCCUGCGGGGUAUGACAAUGUAAAGGAUACUACUUUGCUUCUUAUCGGACAAAGUACAACCCUUGCGAAAGACUUGUUUGCGGACCCCAAGGUUGGCUCCUGGACGGGAGCGAAGCAGGAUGAAUUCUCCAACUACUUAGGCGAAACCAUCUAUGCCUGGGGCAACAUCACAUCUGUCACUCUCGAAGACCUUUUCGACGGCAGCGACAAAUCAAUAGCUAUGCUGACAGGUAUCAUCUCCGAUGGCAAGCUCAUUGAUGGAAAAGUUGAUGGUGAUUUUAAACGCCACGAGUCCGGACCCAAGUAUGAUGCUGCUAUUGCGAGAACUAUUUUUGGAUUCGCCAUCCCCGCCAUCUGGACCGCCGCGGGGACGUUCCCUUUUGUCAUCGACUCAGGCUACCCGUGUGGUACAAUCGACCCGCUCGACACUUACCUUUCGGUGGAAACAAUGCAUGCGACAGCCAGCUGUGUUGACGACAAACUGUACUAUCUGGCCUCCCCAAAUGGUGAAGCACAGACCUGCACGAUUACAGGCGUAGGCCAACAAGAAUGCCAUAAUAGUAAGUUCUCGGCGCCGCCAGGGAUCGAGUUUUUGAAUCAUGGGAACUCUUACAAGGGCGUUACUUUGGACGAUCUAAUCAAGGGAUCCGUCAACACAUACAAACAGAACGGUGGCAGAAACGGUGGCAAAGUAGCUGAUCCUGACGACGCUGGGACCCGUGACAAUCUCAUAAGUCAAGACAUCACAACGCCAGGUUUCAUCCGCAUGCCUGUCUGCAGUCCUGACACAGCCUUCAGGACAUGGCUGGGGUUCAACGGUGAGGGUAACACCAGAUUAGAAAAUUACCCGUGCUCCCCACAAUCCACGGGUGACUGUGCAGACUCAACGUUCGAGGACCAGACGAACGUGGGGUCCCCGCUUGUGUCGGAUUGCCUGAUAAUAAUAAAGAACAUUGAGGGAACCAAUGGCCAGUGGACUACUCCAGUCGUCGGCAAGAACCAGCGCCGAAUCGCAGAUUUCGGCACCUGCAGGUUUGGCGUCGAAGCAACUAAAGUGAACGGAAACGUUGGCUUCUACGUUAGCGCACAAGACGUCGUCGAUAUUAUCAAGGCCGUGAUUCAGCAGUUUGCCAAAGAUGGCAGAGUUGCUGCCAAGGGCGACAUGUCGUGUAGGGGGAAUUCCCAUAACCAGAAUGUCAAAUGGGGGAUCUAUUAA